AUGGCCAAUCUCGCGCCCCCGUUGGCAUCCCGUUCCGCCUCGGCGGCCUUCAGCUUCCCGUCCUCAACGAACACAUCUCCCGACGGCUCAGAUGGCCCGGAUGACGACGAUGCUCCCCUCCCCUUCCCGGCCGCCCUCCCGCGGUCCGACUUCCUUGCCUCCGAUUUCCAACCGGCAGCCUACCUCUCCGCUUUGUCACACCGCCACCAAACACUAGAAGAUCUGCGCUCCGACCUCCGGGAACGCAGCGCUGCCAUCAGCUCUGAGCUGCUGGAGCUUGUCAAUUCAAACUAUACUGCCUUCCUAUCACUGGGGAACGACCUCCGGGGAGGCGAUGACAAGGUGGAGGAUGUCAAGGUCGCCUUGCUCGGCUUCCGUAGAGCUGUGGAAGAGGUCAAGGAAAAGGUAACACAGCGGAAAGAGCAGACUGCCGCCCUCAAUGAUGAGCUGAAGGAUGUCCGGGCGGAUAUAGAGACGGGGCGGGAGCUGCUCGAGCUAUCCGACCGUCUGUCCACUUUGGAAGAAAGGCUUGCCCUCGACAGCCUCCCUUCAGAAGCGCCAAAACAGAACCAGAUGUGGGAUUCCGACAUCGAAAGUAGCGAGGAUGAGGUAGAUGAAGACGGGCAUUCCCAUGCGGUGGGCUUGGUAGCAAGCUCUCCGGCGAAGCUCACAAUAUCUGCUCAUCAGUGCAGGUACAUUAUGGACAUGGUGGAAACAUUAGAUCAGGACCACCCAUUCGUGGUCAAGGCAGAGGAACGACUGAACAGAUGCCGGAAUACGUUGCUGCUAGACCUUGGAAACGCGCUAAAGGAAGCCAGAGCUGCAGGGCCCAAAGGCAAAGGCAGAAUAUUGAGAUACUUGGGGGUGUAUCGAAUUAUCGAUGCACAAAACGAAGCAGUCAAGUCGCUUCGAAAAUCAUAA